AUGGAUGGUCGGGCGCGCCUGUACGGCAAUAACCGUACAUCACGAGACGCACAACCGGCACACAGACCGACCGCAGCUCCAACCUCAAGACAGGGGCAGAACAACACCCCGAGUAGCAAUUUGGUAACUAUGCGACCGAUUCCUCAAGUACAGGUGAAUGCGAUUACACGGGACGACGCCUUUGUACCACCAUCAGAGGCUACAGAGUAUGGAACCAAGAUCAUCGACGGGUCUCUUGAGUUGAUGAAUUUACCUGCAGGUAUAGACAUCAUAGUGGGGCGAGAUAUGUUGAAAGGCUUGGGUUUAUACAUAGGCGGUAUUCAAUCGCCACUCGCACCGAUAGACCCCACAGAACUGGAUGAGCUCCUCGAACCCAUCCCACGCCGACAGGCACCGGAACACGACGGAACCCGCCGAUGCACGCCAACAGCUGGCACAAAAUUUAGAGGCGAACGCGAUGAUUGCUGA